AUGAAGCAUCUUGCUGCUAUCAUUACGCUGGCACUGGGCUGUCGCUCGGCUCUUGCCGCCGUUCCUCUCUGGGGACAGUGCGGUGGGAUCAACUACUCCGGGGACACAACCUGCGUCUCUGGAGCCUACUGCUUGGUCCAAAAUGACUGGUACCACCAGUGUGUUCCGGGCGCUGGCCCUACAACCGCUGCACCGACAUCGCAAGCUCCCACGACUACUGCUGCACCACCAACCACCACAGCUGCUCCGCCUCCAGCAGGCACUGGUUUCGUGCAAGUUUCUGGAGCGCGCUUCACUCUGAACGGGUCCAAGUACACCGUUAUAGGUGGCAACUCCUACUGGGUGGGACUGACCAGUCUCAGUACAGCCGACAUGAACAAAGCUUUCGCCGACAUUGCUUCUGCCGGAGGAACCACUGUGCGUACCUGGGGCUUCAAUGAAGUCAACAGCCAGAACGGGAACUGGUACCAGUCGUGGUCGGGGAGCACUCCGACGAUCAAUACUGGUUCUACCGGGCUCCAAAACUUCGACCGUGUUAUUGCUGCUGCCAAGGCUAAUGGCAUCCGCCUUAUUGUUGCUUUGACAAACAACUGGGCGGACUAUGGCGGCAUGGACGUCUACGUCAGGCAAAUCCUGAACUCGGGCAAUCAUGAUCUCUUUUACACGGACGAACGCGUAAAGACCGCUUUCAAGAACUACGUGCGUACCUUUGUGGGGCGAUACGUGAACGAGCCGGGUAUUUUGGCUUGGGAACUGGCGAACGAGCCGCGAUGCAGAGGUAGCACUGGAACGUCCACUGGCGCAUGCACACCCGCGACGGUUACUGCGUGGAUCAGGGAGAUUUCGGCGUACAUCAAAUCACUGGACAGCAACCACCUUGUCGCGAUUGGUGAUGAGGGGUUCUACAACCAGCCCGGUGCGCCAACGUAUCCCUACCAAGGCGGCGAGGGCAUCGACUUUGACGUGAACCUCGCUAUCCCCACCGUCGACUUUGGAACGUUCCACGCGUACCCCGACCACUGGGGCCAGAAAGACAGCGCGCUAGCUUGGGGCGUGCAAUGGAUCAGGGACCAUGCCGCGUCGCAGACCGCCGCAAACAAGCCCGUCAUCCUGGAAGAGUUUGGCAUGCUGGACAACAAGGACACGAUCUACACCGCGUGGUUCGAUGCGGUCGUGUCGUCUGGGCUGGCUGGAGACCUCAUCUGGCAAGCUGGGUCAGCGCUUUCUACAGGAAACACACAUAACGAUGGAUUCACGAUCUAUCCUGGCACGUCGACGUAUUCGCUCCUGACACGGCAUGCGGCGGCGUUGAAGGCACGGGCGUAA